AUGGAUCCGCUCAGUGUUGCGGCCAGCAUCAUCGCGAUUCUUCAGCUUUCAGCUAAGGUGCUUAGCUACCUGAACAACGUCAAGGAUGCCCCAAAGGACCGCGCGAAAUGCGCAGUGGAGGUAUCAAGUCUUCACAGCCUCCUCCUCAGUUUAAGAUUUCAUUUGGAAGAGGGAGAUGCCAGCCAGUCAUGUUACGUCGCUGUCCGAGAGCUCGCAGUCGAGAAUGGACCGCUAGACGAGUUCAAGCAGGCGUUGGAGAAGCUACAAGCUAGGAUGACUGACGGGGGUCGACUAAAGAAGGCUGGUGAUGCGCUUAUGUGGAAGUUCAAAAAGGAGGAGAUUUCAGAGGUUUUAAAUCGAAUAGAGCGACUGAAGACACAUAUAUUGGUCGCGUUGCAUAUGGAUCAUUUCAAACUUUUGAGAGAUCUUAAAGCUGACACCAACAUCGUUCGGGAGCAUGUAUCUGUUAUCGAGUCUGGGGUAGACACGAUUCAACAGAACCAAGAUUCUGCAAAGCACAGCAGGCUUCUGAAAUGGAUAUCUGCCUCAGACUACCCCGCUCAGCAAUCGAGUAUCAUCAAGCAUAGGCAGGAAGGAACCGGACAGUGGUUUCUGAAUACGCAUGAACUAGCGCAUUGGAUCAAUGAGAGCAAGGCUACGCUCUUCUGCCCAGGUAUCCCCGGAGCUGGCAAGACUAUGAUCGCAGCUAUUACGAUUGAUCAUCUGCUAAAUACAGUCCAGAACGGUUCAUAUGGGGUUGCUUAUGUGUACUGCAACUACAAAGCUCGAGAGGAACAAGACGUUUCGAGCCUACUGGCAGCAAUUCUCAAGCAACUAGUCCAGGGUCGAUUAUCGACGGUAGAUCGCUUAGAACAAUUGUAUCUGAACCACGCCAACCGAGGAACUAAGCCAUCCUUCGAAGAGAUAUAUAGCGCGCUUCGAGACGUGGUUGCAUCUUAUAAAUCUGUAUAUAUAGUGAUCGAUGCACUGGAUGAAUGCCAUGGAGGCACUCGUUGCCAGUUCCUGGCCAAACUCAGAGACCUCCAGGUAAUACAGGAUGUUCGCCUGAUGGCCACCUCGCGACCUAUGCCAGAUAUCGAGGACGCUUUUAGUACAGGGCCAAGUCUAGAGGUGCAGGCUAGCAGAGAGAAGUGCAGGAGAAGAUAG